AUGAAUGAAAUAGGAGGAUUUCGGGUAAAAUGUUCUAUUGAAUAACAUGAGUUCAUAGAAUUAGCUUGCUUAAAUAAAUAAUGUAAAGCUAAUAGAAUUUAUUGUCAUUAAUGUCUUAAAAAAGGAGAUCAUAUUGCUCAUUUAUAGGAUUAAAAAACUUUAGUUGAAUUAAUUAAUUUUUUUCAUGAAAUGGAACAAGAAAGUGAAAAUUUAAUAUCAAAAUUAUGUUCAAUUAUUAAUGAAUUAAAAGAAUUGACUUUAGAAUUAAAUUAAGGAUUAAGAAAAAAAUAUUAAUUCUCUAAAGAGAGAUUAUAAAAAUAAAAUGCAAGGCAAUUGAAUUCAACUUUAGAUUAAAUAAUUUAAUUUGAUGAAUUUAAAACUGGCUUAUUAACAGAACUAGAGCCAUAGUAUAAUAAUUUGAUCAAUAAAUUAAAAAGACAAAUUAAAGAUUUGAAACUAGAUCAAAAAUAAGACAUAAAUAAACAACAGCCUUUUUCAUUACUCAUAGAGCAAACAAAUAAAUAUCAAUAUAAUAAAUAACAAAAAGAAAUAGAUAAAGUUGAAGAAUUAUUUUAAAAAGGUAUUGAUUAGAUUAAUGUAGGAUACAGAUUAUAAUUAGACAAUAGUAAUUAUAGGAGAGCAUUAGAAUUCAUAGAUUCUGCAUUAUCCAUUAAUCCAAAUCAUUUUUAAUCAUUAUAUUUAAAAGGUAUAAAAACUAUAUAUAAAUGUAUUAGCUAAAUGUUUAUAUAUGCUUGGUGAUUUAAAUACUGCAAUAAUAUGGGCUGGUUAAGCCUUGGCUAUUAAUCCAUAACAUGUAGAUUCAUUAUAAAUAAUAGGUAAUUAAUCAUUUAUUAUUUAGGUGAAUCAAUACGUGAAAUGGGUAAAUUUGAGGAAGCUCUUAAAAUUUUUGAUAAAGCAUUGAUAAUUAAUCCAAAUAAUGAUUUUAGUUUGUACUUAAAAGGUUUGCAUAUUUAUAUUUAUAUAGGAAAAUGCUUACAAUCAUUAUAAAAAUAUUAAGAGGCCAUAAUUUUCUAUAAGAAGUCUACUUUGAUCAAUCCAUAAAAUUUACUAUCUAAAAAAGGCAUAAGUAUAUAUAUUAAAUUACAUCUAUAGUUGAAUGUGAGAGACAAACUCAUAAAAAUAAAUUAUUCAGAUGA